CUGACCGACGCCAAAGGCACGCCGGUUGGAGUUGCUUCUGUACAGUACUUAUCUGCUGGAUCUGGACAUCCAGUUGUUUUGUCGUAUCAUCCACGUGCUGGCCCACAACAGGGCAGUGGUCCGCCGAUCGCCUCCCUUCAACGUGGUUCAGCGUCGCCAACCACCCAUGAACGAGUGGCACAUAUCAUCCCUUUUGAACAAGGAUCAGUCUCAACCCAAACGCAGGCUGUUAUUGCCAAUGUGCCGUCUCUGGCUCAACCUCGCGUCGUUCAAGCUACACAAAUCGUCCAGAAACAAAACGAUAACACCUUUCGUUUUGCUCAGAUGGGAUCCGGCGGACAGUUCACUGUUGCACCGCCGAGCGAAAGAACACCAACAAAAAGUGCGCCGGUAGUCAUGAAACCAGCAGGUAGUGCAGUUGUGGUCUUUUUCUCAAGUGUAAUACGUUACGCUUGA